AUGGUCUUAAUAAAUUUCUUUCUUUUUUUUAUUAUUUUCUCCACUUUUCUUUUCGUUUUUCUUUCAUUCUUUGCUUUUCUUUUUCUUCUGCCCGUUUUUUAUUCUCUUCGUUCUUUUUUACUUUCUUUCGACUUUUUUUUCUUUUUUUGCCUUUUUCUCUAUCUUUCUGUAAUUUUAAAACGCAUUCUUUUUUUACCUUUUCCUUCAAAUUUUCUCUUCAUUUUCAUCUUAUUCUACGCUUUCUUUCUUUCCUUCUUUCUUCCUUUCCUUCUUCCCUUCUUUCUUUCUUUCUUUCUUUCUUUCUUUCCUUCUUUCUUCCUUUCCUUCUUUCUUCCUUUCUUUCUUCCUUUCCUUCUUUCUUCCUUUCCUUCUUUCUUUCUUUCUUUCUUUCUUCCUUUCCUUCUUUCUUCCUUUCCUUCGUUCCUUCUUUCUUCCUUUCUCUCUUUUUUCUUCCUUUCCUUCUUUCCUUCUUUCUUCUUUUCCUUCUUUCUUCCUUUCCUUCUUCCCUUCUUUCUUUCUUUCUUUCUUUCCUUCUUUCUUCCUUUCUUUCUUUCUUCCUUUUCUUCUUCCCUUCUUUCUUUCUUUCUUUCUUUCUUUCUUUCAUUUUUCCUUUCCUUCUUUCUUCCUUUCCUUCUUUCUUCCUUUCCUUCUUCCCUUCUUUCUUUCUUUCUUUCUUUCUUUCUUUCUUUCUUUCUUUCUUCCUUUCCUUCUUUCUUCCUUUCUUUCUUUCUUUCUUUCUUUCUUUCUUCCUAUUUUUCUUUUUUGAAUGCAAUGGAUCCGACUGGAAUUCAUCUAUCUAUCUAUCUAUCUAUCUAUCUAUCUAUCUAUCUAUCUAUCUAUCUCUAUAUAUAUAUAUGUCAUGAAAGAGUUAUUUCAUGUGUGUUAUUUUUAUUUUAUUCGGUUUUAUUUUCCUUUCCUUUCUUCUUAAUUCCUUUCUUCUUUUUCCUUUCUUCUUUAUUUUUUGUUUAUUUAUUUCGCCGUCCAUCCUUUUUCUAUUACUUUAUUCGCUUCUUGCUUCCUACUUUUCAUCUUUCUUUCUUUCUUCCUUUCUUUCUUUUUUUCUUUCUUUCUUUCUUUCUUUCUUUCUCUCUUCUUUCUUUCUCCGUCGAUGCCUUUUGUCAUACUUUAUUCGCUUCUUUCUUUCUUUCUUCUUUCUUUUUUUCUUUCUUUCUUUCUUUUUCCGUCGAUGCCUUUUGUCAUACAUUAUUCGCUUCUUUCUUUCAUUCUUUUUUUCUUUCUUUCUUUCUUUCUUUCUUUCUUUCUUUUUCCGUCGAUGCCUUUUGUCAUACUUUAUUAUUUCUUUUUUAUCUUUUUCUUUUUUUUCUUUCUUUCUUUCUUUCUCCGUCGAUGCCUUUUGUCAUACUUUAUUCGCUUCUUUCUUUCUUUCUUUCUUUCUUUCUUUCUUUCUUUCUUUCUUUCUCCGUCGAUGCCUUUUGUCAUACUUUAUUCGCUUCUUUCUUUCUUUCUUUCUUUCUUUCUUUCUUUCUUUCUUUCUCCGUCGAUGCCUUUUGUCAUACUUUAUUCGCUUCUUUCUUUCUUUCUUUCUUUCUUUCUUUUUUUCUUUCUUUCUUUCUUUCUUUCCGUCAAUGCCUUUGUCCUUCUUUUAUUCGCUUCUUUCUUUCUUUCUUUCUUUUUUCUUUCUUUUCUUUCUCCGUCGAUGACUUUUGUCAUACUUUAUUAUUCUUCUUUUUCUUUCUUUCUUUUCUUUCUUUCUUUUUUUUCUUUCUUUCUUUCUCCGUCGAUGCCUUUUGUCAUACUUUUAUUCCUUCUUUUUUUCUUUCUUUCUUUCUUUCUUUCUUUCUUUCUUUCUCCGUCGAUGCCUUUUGUCAUACUUUAUUCGCCUUUUCUUUCUUUUUUCUUUUUUCUUUCUUUCUUUCUUUCUUUCUUUCUUUCUUUCUUUCUUAUUAUCCCUCGUUUCCUCUUCCUUCCUUUUUUUCGUUCUUUCUUUCUUUCUUUCUUUCUUUUUUUCGUUCUUUCUUUCUUUCUUUCUUUCUUUCUAUUUCCCCACAUAAUCCUUGUUUAUUCUUCUUUCUUGUUUUCUUUGUAUCUUUCUUUCUGUCUUUGUGUCUUUCUUUCUUUUUCUUUUCUUACUUUCUUUCCCUCUUUUUUCCUUUCUUAAUAUCCGCCCCACACAAUCCUUCUUUCUUUCUUUCUUUCUUUCUUUCUUUCUUUCUUUCUUUCUUUCUCCCACACAAUCCUUGUUUGUUUGUUUGUUCCUUUCUUUCUUUCUUUCUUUCUUUCUUUCUUUCUUUCUUUCUUUCUUUCUUUCUGCAUCUAAUUCCUAUUUUCUCACUCUAG